UCAGCCUCGCCUGCCAUGAGAGAGACUCGUCUGCAGGCUGUCCGCCUGGGGGGCUGGCUGCUGAUCCUCUGCGCCCCAUGGGUGCUGGACUCCCACCCGCAGUGCCUGGAUUACAAGCCCCCCUUCCAGCCCCCCGAGCCCCUGACGUUCUGCAAGGAGUACUCGGAGUUCGGCUGCUGCGAUCUGGAGCGGGACACCCGCAUUUCCGGGAGGUACUACGAGAUCAUGGAUUACUUCGACUUCUCUGGGUUCAUCAUCUGCGGGAAAUACAUUCGCAGCAUCCUCUGCCAGGAAUGCUCUCCUUACGCUGCCCACCUGUUCGACGCUGAGGAUGCGAAUACGCCCAUGAGGGAGCUGGCGGGACUGUGUGGUGACUACUGCACAGAGUUCUGGCUUCAGUGCCGGUCCACUCUCAGCCUUCUGAUGGACAACGAGACCAUCAUACAGAUCGAGGGAGACCGGGACACGUUCUGCGCCCUGCUGGAGCUCAAAGACCCCGAAUACUGCUACCCCAACGUGUUAACCAACACCGAGCUGAACGCCAACCUGGGUGCAGUGCAGGCCGACCCGGAGGGCUGCCUGCAACUCUGCCUGCAAGAGGUGGCCAACGGGCUCCGCAACCCGGUCGCCAUGGUGCACGCCAACGACGGCACCCACCGCUUCUUCGUGGCGGAGCAGGUGGGCUACGUCUGGGUGUACCUGCCCAACGGCUCUCGGGUCGACAGGCCCUUCCUCAACCUCACGCGGGCCGUCCUGACCUCGCCCUGGGUCGGCGACGAGAGGGGCUUCCUGUGCAUCGCGUUCCACCCGCGGUUCGGGACGGUGAAGAAGGUCUACGUCUACUACUCCAUCUCCGUGAAGAAGGAGGAGAGGAUCCGCAUCAGCGAGUUCACGCUGUCUGCGGCCGACAUGAACAUGCUGGAUCACUCCUCCGAGAGCCGAGGAUCCAAGCCCGCGCUCCGCGCCAAGGCUAAUAUUUACACCUCGAGCCCCGAGUGGGCGCGGCGCGGGCUGGUGUCACAGUGCAGCGCAUUGUCCGCCGGCCGCCGUGAGAGCCGGCAGCGGGGAGAGUCCUCUCUGCUGGGGAAGGUGCUGAGGGUGGACGUGGACGACAACGACCGCGGCGCCCCCUACCGCAUCCCCCCGGACAACCCCUUCGCGGGCGAGCCCGGCGCGCGGCCCGAGGUCUACGCCUACGGGGUGCGGAACAUGUGGCGCUGCUCCGUGGACCGGGGGCACCCCGCGACGGGCGAGGGCCGGGGCCGCGUCCUCUGCGGCGACGUCGGCCAGAACAAAUACGAGGAGGUGGACGUCAUCACCCGGGGGGGCAACUACGGCUGGAGGGCCAAGGAGGGCUUCUCCUGCUACGACAACAAGCUCUGCCACAACGCCUCCCUCGAUGACAUCCUGCCCAUCUUUGCCUACCCCCACAAGCUGGGGAAGUCGGUGACGGGGGGCUACGUCUACAGGGGCUGCGAGAUGCCCAAUCUCAACGGGCUGUACAUCUUUGGAGACUUCAUGAGCGGGCGCCUGAUGUCGCUGAAGGAGAAUCCCAGCACUGGGCAGUGGGAGUAUACCGAGGUCUGCAUGGGCAAGGGCCUGACCUGCUUCUUCCCCAAGCUCAUCAACAGCUAUUACAAGUACAUCAUUUCGUUUGCUGAGGAUGAGGCAGGAGAACUCUACUUCCUGUCCACAGGGUCGCCCAGCGCAGCUGUCCGAGCUGGAUUUGUCUAUAAAAUAGUUGACCCUUCAAGGAGAGCUCCUCCCGGCAAAUGUAGCGUCACACACGCCCCGGUGACGGUUCACGGAAAACUGAUCCCCUUCCGACCCUUGGAAAAAUUCGUCAGCCGCCCCAAGCCGACCGGCCCAGCUGCAGCUGCGACGUCCUCCUCCAGGUCGGUCCCCGCGGCCACGAGCAGAUCGGGCCUGACCCAGCCGGCCCGCAGGCCGACCCCGACUCCGCCGGCUCCCACGGCUCCGCGCAGCACGGGCAGACCGACCGCCACUCCCUCUUAUCCCACAACCCCCCGCAUCACCAGAAAACCAGCCGCGCCGACGACGACGACGGCGCGCCCCGUCGCCCAGAGCAGAGGCCCGCCGACGGCCGCCAGGCCCCGUACCGUCACCCCUGGCCCCAGGUUACAUGUCGUCCCCACCCCUGUGCUCCAGCCUGCCAGCCCCACCACGACCCUGGCCACCCACAGACCCAGAGUGACCACCCCGCCGGACAGAGGCAGGUCAGAGAAACCCUCCCCAAGCCUGGUGCCGCACCAGCGCCAAACUACAGCCAGGGGCUCGAGGCUGGGGGGCCGGACAGAGGCAGUCACCAAGACCCCCCUGACCACCCUGAGGCCAACCUAUCGGACCGUCAUCCUGAAGCCCACCGCCAGGACCCAGAGGCCCAACUCCAGUCUGCCCAAGGCUGGGGACAAGAGCCUGAAGGGCUACGCCGACAAGCUGGGGGGCUCGGACAGGUCGAGGGGGAACCGCGUGCACAAGGGCGGCAGGGGCUCGGCGGGGGGAAAGGGGAGGCGCCGGAAGCUGAGGCAGGGGGCGGUGCGUCUGGCGGGCGCCGGGAAGAGGGCGGACCGGGGCCGGGUGGAGGUGUUCGUGAAGGGGGAGUGGGGGACGGUGUGCGACGACCUGUUCGACCGCCAGGCGGCCGGCGUGGUGUGCCGGCAGCUGGGGUACCCCUUCGCCCUCCGGGUGGCCAAGCGGGCCGAGCUGGGCCAGGGCGGCGCCGAGCUCCCCAUCCUGCUGGACGACGUGCGGUGCGAGGGCACCGAGAGGACCCUGCUGGAGUGCCCGCGCGCCCGGACCGGCCAGCACGACUGCUCCCACAAGGAGGACGUGGGCGUCGUCUGCGGCUACGACGAGUACGGCGAGGACUGAGCGGGAGGGGGGGGGGCUCAGCCGCUGCCUCCCCAUUUCUCUCGGGGGCUCGGCUCGCCCGGUGGACUCCCCUCCCAGCGCCCGGCCAGUCCCAGGAAUGCAGUCACACUCUAGUCUCCCACAAACAGGACGGUGAACACACAGGUUCUCUCACCUUUCCGUCGUGCUGGUCUCGCUCGCUUGCUUGCAAAGAUUCUUCGACCCCCCCGGCCUGUGACCAGUCAAGAUGUCUCCCUCCAGACGCGUACACGAGCCUGUCUGCGCUGCCUGAACCCCCACAUCUCUUUGGACAGUUCACACCCACUUUCAGCCACUGAAGAAACGCCCGCGUCUAGGAAGAAUCUGGAGACUGACCUCCUGCGAGGCUGGAGACAACCCUGCGCCCUCAUCCUUUUGCUACGACAGAACAAAACAAGCUGCUGCUCUGUGAUGGGGUUAGAAUCAGGGAACAGGGUGUCUUGAUUAUUAAGUCAGUUAUUAGAGGUCAGAGAGGCCAACUUUCUCUGAAGCUCGGUCUCACGGGUUGGGAUCGAUUGGGUUUCAAAGUAAAGAGCUAUUUUUUUUUUGGUCAGCUAAAAAAAGCAAACAAAUCUUUUCACUUUCCUUUCGAAGUUACAGGUUUGAAGUAACGCUUUGAACGCAGUCUGCAUACACCUGUAAGGAAAGGUGCUGUAAGGAUUCUCGUAACUCUCAGGCAACAGCUCUUUCCAUUUGUUCACUCUCUCACCCUGGCUUGUCCCAUUUUGUGGCAGCACUGCCCUCUGGUGGUUAUGCUAUGAAAAGCCAUCAGAAACUAAAGAUACUGUGUGCCACACAUUUCUUACUGCAGGUUAAGUGUUCCUAGCGGUUUUGUUUACAUAGCUUGCACUGCAAGUUCGUAUUGCCUCUGUCAUUUUUAUAGCGUACUGUCUGUGUUGGUAAAACACAGGAAAGAGAAUCCCAACUUUAAAAAGGCAGCAUUCAUCGUGAAAACAGGCUGACUGCAGUAAAAAGGCCAGCUUUGCAAUUAAAGUAAAAUCAACAAUCUAGCUUGUAUUUAAAAUCUGAGAAAUAUGCAUCUUUAGAUCUCUUCAGCCUACUGGAAGCGCAGCUUAAAAUCUUGUACUUGAGAAAAUAUGUUCAUUUAAAAAAAACAAGUGUUUUAAAUGCUGGACAUGACAUUUUGUUGUAAAAAUGCCCUCUAUGUUGUUAAGGCACAGGGUGUCAUAAUAUUAAAAUCGGAAGACU